AGAAAACAAUCUGCCAUCUCGGUCACACGAGAUAUCGUCUAUCUCUUUCUUUUCUCCAAAAAACAUAUUUCAAGAUGGGUAUCCUCGAAAAAAUAGGGGAAAUUGAGAAGGAAAUUGCUCGCACGCAGAAGAAUAAAGCCACGGAGUACCAUCUGGGUGUCCUAAAGGCCAAGUUAGCCAAGUACAGGACACAGCUUCUAGAGCCUCAGGGGAAGAAGGGAGAAAAGGGAGAAGGCUUCGAUGUUAUGAAAAGUGGUGAUGCACGUGUAGCGCUUAUUGGUUUCCCUUCAGUGGGCAAGUCCACACUGCUGAGCACCUUAACCAACACCCAAAGUGCAGCUGCAUCAUAUGAGUUCACAACGCUAACUUGCAUCCCUGGAGUCAUUGAUUACAAGGGUGCCAACAUCCAGUUGCUUGAUCUUCCAGGUAUCAUUGAAGGAGCCUCACAGGGCAAGGGUCGAGGCAGACAGGUCAUUGCAGUAGCUCGCACUGCUGAUCUUGUUAUCAUGAUGGUGGAUGCUACUAAAGCUGCGAAUCAAAAAGAGCUCUUGACUGCUGAACUGGAGUCUGUCGGCAUUAGGCUCAACAAGAAAAAGCCUGGAAUCUAUUUCAAACAAAAGAAAGCAGGUGGCCUGAAAUUCAACGCCACUUGUGCACUCACUAGGAUUGAUGAGAAGAUGGUACAGAUGAUUCUACAUGAAUACAAGAUUUUCAAUGCUGAGUUGCAACAUGAAAUUGAACCUUGACUACCUGCUUGACCGUACGUGGGAGGCCCUCUCCCUUCUGCGCAUCUAUACCAAGAAGCCUGGGAGAGGACCGGACUUCUCUGACCCCAUCAUCCUACGAGGAGGAGCUUCAGUGGAGCAUGUAUGCCACUCUAUCCAUCGGUCAAUUGUAGCUGUCUUCAAAUAUGCUCUUGUUUGGGGGAGGAGUACGAAGUUUAGUCCCCAGCGUGUUGGUAUACAUCACAUUAUGACUGAUGAAGAUGUUAUUCAGAUUGUUACCAAGAAAUAGACAAGUUGCCGUUAGAAUCUGUUAUAACCAUUUAUUGUUAAGGAUAUCAUGUAUGUUACAUAUUUUGGCAGUUCUAAAAUGUUUUGAUCUUUAAUAAAGAAAAAAAAAGGUAAUUGGAAUAUUAGUUAUUUGUCAUGAUUUUUUUUUAUAUAUACUUUUUAUCUUUUCUAGAUUUGCUAUAUUAUAAUUAUAACUAUUUUUGUUUCCUUGUGAUGAAAUCUGUCAGGAAAUCAUGUUAACAAACAAUGUGAAGCAUUGGUUAUUACAUGCUUUGUGACAAUUACAAUACAUGGUUCCCACAAGGAAAAAUGUAUCAGUUCACUGUUAUUAAAUCCAAUCAGCAGUUUGC